AUGGCGCACUGCCUCGCCGCCGUUGCCUCCUUCUCGCCGUCCGCCGUCCGCCGGCGGCUGUCCAGCCAGCUGACUGCGCAGGUGCCGACAAGCUCAAGGAUCCAGAGCACUGAUCACCCUGACCCUUUUGGCCCAUUUGGCAACUUUGCAAAACGAGUGGCUAAUGUAAUUUCGAGCCGGAGCUCAGUUUCCUUCCGUAGCCAGAAGAUGAGCUUUGUAUCCAUCAGUUCAAGACCGAGUUCACUUCGGUUUAAGAUUUGUUGUUCGGCCACAGGUGAGACACAGGCCAAGAAAGAGACAGUCGACAAGGUUUGUAUGAUAGUCAAGAAGCAGCUGGCAGUCCCUGAUGGGACCCCUGUCACAGCGGAGUCAAAAUUUUCUGAACUUGGUGCUGACUCACUGGAUACGGUUGAGAUUGUGAUGGGCCUCGAGGAAGAGUUCAACAUCACCGUUGAUGAAACAAGCGCGCAGGACAUUGCAACCGUGCAGGAUGCAGCGGACCUUAUCGAGAAGCUUGUGACAGAGAAGACCGCGGUUAAUUACCCAAAGGCUUCAUAA